AUAAAUUUAUGUGGCAACGUUUUCUAUUUUGAUACUCAUAACACGAAAUCACUUGAUAUUCAAUACUGAAAUUCAAAACAUCAUACUAAUUCUCCGGCUUCUCUAUUUUUAUAUUGGUACUUUCCGGCAACUCGAUCUCACCAUUUCUCGACGACCGGCACUAGCUCAGUUAAGGAUUUUUGUUGGAGCAGUUGAAUAGUCAUGUUUUCUCCUCGCGGAGUUGGAUUAAGAACAGCAUUACCUUUAUCAAGAAGGUUAUUUAGUAAUAGUGGUAGUAGCCAUGAUAUGUCUAAAGCUAUUUCCGAGCUCAAUCAGGAAAUGGAAUCUGUAUUUGGUGAACCUCCUCCCUCUAGCCUUUCUGGUUCCAUUGACAAUCAAAGUAUGACACAAGACUUGAAGCUUAGUACUGUAGAAAUGGAUGAUAAAAAAUCGUUUGCUGGAUUGACACAUAUUGGCAGCAAAGGUGAAGCCCAAAUGGUGGAUGUAUCUCUUAAAGAUAUUAGCAAGAGAGUGGCCGUUGCACGUGGCAAGGUUAUUUUAGGACAGAAGGUAUUUGAUCUGGUUUCAGCCAAUCAAAUGGGAAAAGGAGAUGUCCUGAGUGUGGCAAAAUUAGCUGGAAUUUGUGGAGCGAAGCAAACAAGCAAUCUCAUCCCACUAUGUCACAACAUCAACUUGACACAUGUUCGAGUGGACUUGGCUUUGAACCCUGAAGAAUUCAGUGUUGAAAUUGAAGGGGAAGCUGCCUCUGAUGGAAAAACUGGCGUCGAGAUGGAAGCCUUGACAGCAGUAACUGUUGCUAGUCUAACAGUGUAUGACAUGUGCAAGGCCGCUUCGAAGAAUAUCCAGAUUACAGAUAUCAGGCUUGAACGUAAAACUGGAGGUAAAAGUGGGGACUGGUCCAGGGACAAAUGAUCACAAUCUAAAGACAUGAGAAGGCAAGUGCAUUAACAGCAUGAAAGGCAGUGCUUGCGGUAAUGAUGUAUGUCACUUCCAUCAAAUGUCCCUUUUGCUAUAAAAUGUGGUAAUUCUGCAUUAGGAUAUAAGUAGAUAGCUAGUGAAAACACGGUCCGUCCAUAAAAAUAAAAUCGUGAUACUUCUGAAGUUGAUUUUACUUAGGAUCUGUUAAGUGUACGACAUUUGUUUGAGAACAUUUUCCUUGCACUCCUAUCUAUUGACUACUCUACUAAUUAUAUUGCUGUGGUUAAUUAGAUUUAGUUACAGGAGCAUAAAAAACUUCCACUAUGUUAGUUCUUUAAGUACCGCAAGAGCAACGUCAAGGCUUUCCUUCGACUGUGUUGGUAGUAUUUACUGUGUUAUCAUAUGUCACUGAAAGUAUUUGAUACUGUUA